AUGACCAAGUCAGACGAUGACGUCUUAGGAGCAGCACCUAGCGGCCCCUGGGAUGCGUUCAAUCUCGCGCCUACAUCGAGGACUGUCUACCCAACAUCUGUCUACAAGAGCGAAGGCUUGGUUUUGAAUGCUGAGGGCCUUACUUCCUCGCCAGAAUCGGAGGCAGCAGUGGGGAAUGCUACACUGAACGGCAACGGCGCGUGGGUGGCUCUUGACUUUGGCAAAGAGGUCGGUGGAUGGGUAUCCCUCAACUUCGAAAAUGUCUCCUCCACCUCUUCCAUCUCCCUCGCAUUUACCGAGUCGCCCCUCUUCAUCCGCCCCGACGCGUCAGAUGACUCGUCUUAUCCCGAUGCUACAACCAAGUAUGACGGCGUCAUGAAUGUGACUGCGCCUAUUUCCGAGGGAUACUGGACUCAGCCGAGGUACAUGCUCCGCGGUGGGUACCGAUACCUGACCAUCGUGAGCCACGACGACGCGCCAGUGACGAUCUCCAACGUGUCGUGCGAGAUCUCGUUCUCGCCUGCUACCGAGAACAUGACCGAGUACGCGGGGUACUUCUACGCGAAAGAUCCGGAGUCUGAAGAUAGUGAUUUCUUGACCAAAUUGUGGUACGCGGGUGGAUACACCGUCCAAACAAACGUUGUUCCGCUCGAUACUGGAAGACAGGUGCCCUUUGUUUCUAGUGGCUGGGCCAACAACGCGACUCUUGGCGUCGCUGGUCCUAUCAUCGUUGACGGCGCAAAACGCGACAGAGCCGUAUGGCCAGGUGACAUGGGCAUAGCCGUCCCAUCCGCCUUCGUCACUACAAACGACCUCGUCCCUCCCAGGAACGCGCUCUCCACCAUGUUCGCGGCGCAGGAUCCAACGACCGGUGCUCUUCCCGAGUCAGGCCCACCGCUGAGCCAAACUGGCUCAGACACAUACCUCAUGUGGACGCUUAUCGGCACAUACAACUACUACCUCUACACGGGCGAUACGGAGUGGUUCUCGACGGUGUGGACGAACUACACCCGCGCAGUCGCCUACAUUGAGAGCAAGGUCGACGACACGGGACUUCUAAAUGUUACUGGUCUGCGUGACUGGGGACGGUUCGGCCAAGGCGGGCACAACGCCGAGGCGAAUGCGAUCCUGUACAGGCUCCUCAUCACGAGCACAGCCCUCGCAACCUACAUAAACGACACAUCCCUCGCCUCCGCCUACAGCUCCAACGCCUCCGCGCUCAAAUCCACAUUCAACAACGCCUUCUGGCUCGUCGACGCCGGCCUGUACCGCGACAACGAAACAACGCUGCUCACACCGCAAGACGCCAAUUCCUUCGCCGUCCUCUUCAACCUCACGCAGUCCGCCGCCCAAGCGCAAACCAUCAGCGCGAACCUGAAGAAGAACUGGGUCGCGCUCGGGCCGGUCGCGCCGGAGCUGCCGGACACGAUCAGCCCGUUCAUCAGCGGCUUCGAGCUGCAGGCGCACUUCGCGGCGGGCAACGACGCCACGGCGAUGGACCUGCUGCGCCGCGAGUGGGGGUACAUGCUGUACACGAACGUCAGCGUGCAGUCGACGCUGCUGGAGGGGUUCACGACCAACGGCUCGCUGUACUACCGCUCGCAAGACGGGUACAACUACGACCCCGCAUACACCUCCCACUCACACGGCUGGUCCACCGGCCCCACCUCCGCGCUCACCUUCUACGUCCUCGGACUCACGCUCACAGCACCACAAGGCACCACCUGGUCCGUCGCGCCGCACUUCAGCGGCCUCCCCGCCGCGCAGGGCGGCUUCGAGACCCCGCUCGGCGCGUUCGGCGUGCAGUGGACGAUGGCGGGCGACGGGCGGAGCGUGUCCAUCGUCGUGCGGACGCCGGAGGGCACGAGUGGGACGGUCGCUGUGGCGAACGCGACGGCGGCGGUUGUGGAUGGGCGGAGUGUACAGGGUAAUGUGGGGUUGUUAGAGUUGCAGGGCGGGACGCACAAUGUUACGCUGCAGCUCUGAGGUUCCCCUCCUACCAGGCAUAUUGUCCCGUCUUCAUUGUCCACGAGAAGGUUUCACUUUCGGAGUUGGUUGCGAUUGUAUACAUUGAAUAAAUAACGU